AUGCCGCCGCCGCCCUCGCAGCCCGCGCCAGGACGCGGCCCGCCGCCGUCGGCGCCGCCCAGCCGGGUGCCCGCGCCCAGCGCGGGGGGCGCGGCGCCGCCGCUGCAGGUGAGUGGCUGCACCAACCCGACCGUGGCGAACAUCAUCAAGGGGACCUACGUGGUGGACACCACCAACCACAACAAGCCGGUCUACAAGAAGCAGACGGCGGGGGCCACCAACGCAGUGAGCGUGCUGAUAUACUUCUGGGACGAGCGCGACGGCCCCAGCUUCAGCGGGUGGUGGUUCGGUCCGAAGGUCGGCGGGGACCAGGUCUGGGCUUACAACGGGCAGAAGACCUCCAUGCUGCCGCCCGGCUCCAACUGGAGGGUGCCGUGGGACGGGCCCGAGGACAAGUCGCUGCUGGUCAUGCAGGGCGGCGCCCCGCGCGGGGACGCCCGCGGGGGGGCAGUGCCGCCGGCGCCCGGGCCGCCGCCGGGGCGCGGCGCCGGCGCCGGGUCCUAUGACUCUCGGGCGCGAGAGGCCGACGACCGCCGCAGGCGCGAGGACGACGACCGGCGGCGGCGCGAGGCGGAGGACCGCCGGAAGCGCGAGGAGCAGGAGCAGCGCCGGCGCAAAGAGGAGGAGAACAGGAGGGCGCAGGAGCGGGCCGAGGAGGAGAGGAAGCGCGCGGAGCGCGAGGCUGCGGAGCAGAGGCGGCGCCAGAGGGAGCGGGAGGAGGAGGACCGCCGGAGGGAGCAGGAGAAGAAGAGGCGCCGGGAGGAGGAGGAGCAGAAGCGGAGGGAGGGCAACGCGGCGAUGGCGGUGCGGAAGGUCAUCCAGAAGAUGCGCGCCGCCACCCCCGAGAACUUCGACAAGCUCAGCAAGGAACUGGAGGAGACCCAGGCCGCCAACCUGAACGCCAUGGGCAGCCAGGUGGAGUACGUGUCCAAGGAGGUAGAGCAGGCCCUCCAGCAGGCGCAGAGGCAGGUCGAGGCCACCCUCAAGAAGAGGGAGGAGGACGAGAAGAGGCGACAGGAGGAGGAGAAGAGGAGGAAGGAAGAGCAGGAGAUGGUCGAGAGGGUCAUGGGGGAGGCGACGGCGGUGGUGAAGCAGGCCGACGCCGAGGUGGCCAAGGCGCAGGAGCAGGCCGAGGCGGCGAUGGGCGGGGCCAAGAGCGGGGAUCCAGAGGAGAUGCUCGAGGCUGCAGGCACCACGGAGAAGGUGGUGGAGGCGGCGACGGCCGUGGUGCAGAAGGCGCAGGAGGCGCUGAAGGAGAAGGAGACGGAGAUGGGCGACAACGAGGCGUCCAGGGCGAUCUGGAGGGACUACAAGGAGCUGCAGAGGACGCUGGCGGAGGGCAGGCGGUCGCUGGACAAGCUGCUGCAGCAGGCCAAGGAGUCGCGCGGGCGCGCGAAGUGCAAAGCGGAGGCCCUUGCCAUCAAGGCGAUAAGGAAGGAGAAGUUCAGCAAGUACGACGCAGAUCAGGACGGGAAGCUCAGUCGCGACGAGAUCAUCUCGCUCUGCGUGGGCGAGCACGGCGGCUUCGAGUGCCCACACGAUGCUCUCGACAAAAUCUUGAGGAUAUUGGAGCCAGUCACCUUCGAGAAGUUCCGCUCCCUCCACCAGAAGAUCUCCAUCGCCAAGUCGGAGGUGAAGGUGCGCGAGGAGCGCGCCGCGGAGAAGGAGAGGCAGAGGGUGCUCGAGGAGCAGAGGGCGGAGGCCCGGAAGGCCUCGGACGAGAUCAGCGAGGCCAUGGGUUCGGCGGAGGCGGUGCUCAACAACGCCGAGACCGAAUCCAGAGCGUUCUCCAAUGACGCCGAGAUGACUGCGGACAAGAUCAAGGAGACCGCGGGCGCGGCAGAGUCGGCAUGCAAGGAGGCAGCGCAGGCGUUUGCGGCUGCGAUGGAGAAGCUGAAGGCCCUUCAGGAGACGUGCGCAUCCAACGACGGCCUGCGCGACUUCGACAAGAAGGACGUGCCCAGGCUCAAGUCGAGGCAUGAGAGGGCCACGUACCGCAUUGAGAAGAUCACCUCUGCUAUCGCCAGUGCUAGGGAGAAGGCGGUGCACAAGGCCUAUGCCGAGUUGGACAGCAAGAAAUCGGACGCGGUGGAAGCUCUGAGGGCAAAAAUGACGGCCGACGGCAAGACAGGCGAGCAGCAGUUCGACGAGAUCAACGGUGGAGAGCCCCUUACUCAGGAGAAGUUUGUGACGUUCCUGAAGGGCCUCGAGAAGAUCUCUUUCGAAGACGGCGAGGCCGAAAAGGUGUUCGACCACAUCAUAGGAGAGAAAGAGGAAAGGACCCUCACGAAGGAUCAGUUUUUGGAGACGACGAGGAUGUACUACAAGUGCGUGAAGCAGACGGUGCUGAGCGAGGAGGUCUCGAUCAAGUCGAAGACGGUGAAGCGUCUCGAGCUGGGCGAGGUCCUGGAGGCCCUCGAGGCCCCGGCCAAGGAGGAGGGCGCUGGCGUCAUGCGUGUGAAGUGCCGAUCCACAGUCGAUGAAGCCGUGGGAUUCGUAACGAUCGCCGGCAACCAGGGCACGGCCUUCCUGCAGCCCGGGGGCAACAUCUUCACUUGUGUCAAGGAGACGUCGCUGACAGACGGCCCGGUCAUCAAGGACAGCAAGACCAUCCGGCAGGUCGCCAAGGGCGAGAAGAUCGAGGCGUACGAGUUCCAGAAGAAGGACGAGAAGGCCGAGCUGCAGCGCGUGCGAGGGAAGGCCAAGCUGGACGGCGCGAAGGGCUGGAUCACCGUGACGGGCAACCAGGGCACGGUCUACCUUGAGUCCUGCUGA